CUGUGGACUGGCAGCAAGUAGGCACACACGCAGUAAACAGCGAGGAUUCACCCAGCAUUUUUACAUUUACAGUGAAGAAUAUUGAUAACUGUUGACAGAAACUAGGCCGCCGAAACAACUGCAACUCCAGACGUCUACUUCCUGCACUCACGCUGAGUUUGUCGGGACGCUGUUGGAGCUAUGAACGCGGACAGAGAGGAGCAGGAAGACGAACUGCUCGCGCUCCACAGUAUCUUUGAUUCGGAGGAGUUCGUGCGGGAUGAGUCGAAGUUUGCCGGAGAAAUCCGAGUGUGUUUCGAGCUGCCUGCGGGCUUUACAGUGACUCUGAAAGAGGGUAAACGAGCCGGUGAAACGCUAAGGCAGUACGAGAUAGCCUCCCUUCCUCCUUUGCUUCUGACCUUUGAACUCCCGGAGGACUACCCAUCCACCUCCCCUCCGUCGUUCACCGUCACGUGCAGCUGGCUGACACACGCACAGCUCUCUGCACUGAGUGCUCAGCUCACUGAUCUCUACGAGGCCAGCGGAGGCACUGUGGUGCUCUUCUCCUGGGUACAGUUUCUUAAAGAAGAUGCACUCGGGUUCCUGGACAUCAGUUCUCUGCUGGAGCUCCCCUCUGAUGAAUACAGCACAAAGUGUGAUCAACACUCAAAGCCAGGACACACAGAUAGUUGCAAUGUCUCGGAUCCAUGUAAACCAGACCUCUCUGCACCAGCUUUAGAAGUUGAACAUCUGAUAGCGACUCUUGAGGAUGACCUAGAUCCAUCAAGAACCUCAGACUCUCAGGAAGCCGUAGCAUUGACCCAAAACACCUCUAAUGAUUCUAACCGUACUGCACAAGCCUCAGAUCAUCUGGGGGAGGCUGAAGAGACCCUCCAAAAGUCAGAGACUAAAGCUGACUACCAGAUUGAUCUGUCUUCAGCAGCAAGCAAAUCGAAGAGUCUUCUAUUUUCUCAGUCAGAUCAAAGUGGCCGGAAAGAUUUCUCAAAUGAAGGAAAUGAUUCAGCUCCGUUAUUACUUCCCUCCAGCUCCUCAGACCCUCUGGAUCAAAGUGAACUAGGAGCUGCUUCUCUGCCAACCCAUCCCAGAGAAUCCCCUCAGAAUGAAGACCACACUCUCUCUGGUCUCUCCCUAACUCCGUCACAAACUCUCCUGUCCCAGAUCUUGAUCUAUAAUGAGGCCCAGAAACAGAAAGCGUUUGCCGCCACGGUGUUUGACUGUGGCGUGUGUUUUACGGGCUGUCUCGGUUCAGACUGUGUGCAGUUGCCUGAGUGCCGCCACAUCUUCUGCCAGACCUGUCUCGCAGAAUUCUGCAAGCUCCAGAUAACAGAGGGGAAUGUCAGGGGUGUCACCUGUCCUGAGGCAGACUGCACUGCCACCCCUACACCUGCACAGGUGAGGCGUCUGGUUGGUGAGGAGCUGUUCAGCCGCUAUGAUCGUCUUUUGCUGCAGUCGACUCUGGACAGCAUGGCUGAUGUGGUGUACUGUCCUCGGCGUUCCUGCGGUUCGGCCGUAAUUCGGGAUAAGUCCAGCAAUGCAGCAUUGUGCUUUGUGUGCAGCUUUGCCUUCUGUGUCACCUGCAGGAAGACCUACCAUGGUACAGACUGUCAGGGAAAGAAGAACACAAAACUACUGGAAGCACAGCAAGGCAAUGCAGACCUGCCACAGACAAAAGAGGGGCUGAAGGCUCUGUGGGACGACUAUGCCAGUGGCAGUAAGCAGAGGAGGCGCCUCCUGGAGAGCAGAUACGGCCGCAGUACAAUGCAGGGCACACUGGAAGACAGCCUGAGUGAAAACUGGAUCAUCACCAAUAGCAAGAACUGUCCUCACUGCUUCUGCAGAAUAGAGAAGAACAAAGGAUGUAACAUGAUGACUUGCACUCAGUGUGGACAGCGGUUCUGCUGGGCCUGCCUCGCCAGACUGGGAACAGGUCGUAUAGGCGAUCAUUUCACAAGCAAUGGCUGCUCUCACUACGAAUAUUAACCAGCCUAGUGCUUCAGAUGCCUUUACUACAAGCCACUGGCCACGUGCCAUCAAGAGAGUGGAAUAUGCAUAAUGCUCUGGGUACAAUGUUUUUAAAUCUGUUUAAGUGCACUUAAAAGAGAGACACUUGAUAAUGCACAUAAAUGCUGACAUUUGGGGAAAAAAUGCAAACAUGUUUAAAAAAAACUACAAUAAUGUGGAACAUGUUGCCAAAACAUUGUAUUAUUAACACAGUUUGAAUCUGUCAAUGCUGGGAGAAGUACUUCAGUAAAAGUAGCAAUACCACAAUGUAUAAGUAUACAAUUAUGUAAAAUGGCCUAUUUCAGGAUAAAAUGUAUAUAAUUUUAUUAUAAUGUGUAAUGUCUAAGCAUCACUUAUGUGGCAGCUGCUAAAGGUGAAGCCGUUUUUUCUUCAACUUAAUAUUCAUUUUGAGGUGAAGUUAAUUUGAAUUACAUCAUAUACAGCAAGGGUAACUUAAUCUACAGUAUAAUUCUAAAUCAUAACUUAUUACUUGAUUUAUAUUUUUUAUAAUAAUCUGAAUCUGCAAAGUAACUGAUAUCUGGUGUUGGCAAAUAAAUGUAGUAAUCUUGGCUUCCAAAAGGUAGCAGGGUAGAAGUAUUUAAAAAAAACAUAAUAUGGAAAUACUCAUGUGAAGUUCAAGUACCUCAAAACCAUAAAAAUGUAACUGAGGAGCUCACCUAAUAGAGUGGGCGCCCCAUGUACAAAAGUUAUGUCCUUGCUAUCUUUCCUGCAUGUCUUCCCCUCUUUCUCCUGCGUUCACAGUUCACCUGUCCUAUCAGAUAAAGGCAAAAAGCCCCCAAAAAAUCUUUAAAAAACAAAACAAAGCAAAAAAAACAUACUGACAUCUGCACACAGUGAACAGUAAAGGCUAAAUUUUCUUUUCCUUAAGGUGAAGUAAUACAAAACUAAAUAUUUGUCUUAAUAUCACUCAUUUCUUCUGUAGCUUUCCAGCCAUUCACAAAAUCACGCCAUAUGUCAUACUCUGCCGUGACCACUAGAGGACGCUUAAUAACAAUACAAACUGCUUAAAAAGAGAUUUUGGUGAUACCAGGAAAUGCACUUCUUAUAAAAAAACAUGCAUAAGCAUUCAGUGUUUAAUAAUCAAACAAUGCAUUAGUGAAAACUGUUAUUUAUUCAACAUGAAUAUUUGUAGCUCUGGAUGCAGAGAUGAAUGAUUAUGAGAGGAAUAACCCAAUGUGCCUUUUAAUGGACAAAGUCAGAUUCUUUAUACCAAGGCAUACUUCCCCCUCAGUUAUUACGAGAGCUUUUACUGUUUUUUUUAAUCUUUUUUAAUGUAACAAUUAGUUUAUUUAUUGAUACAUUUAUUAUUUUGUUUAUGCAACGAGCAACUAGUUUAAAAAAUGAAAAGGACAUCAUAAUCCCUGCGGUGAUGACCAGCAGUCCAAAACCCAAACAUAUUCUGUGAACUAUCAUAUCAGACUAGAUAAAUAUGAUGAACUGAGUAUCAAAAUUGUUGCAAUUAACUUCUCUAGUAAUCACUUACUGAUUAAGCAACUAAUUGCUCCUAUA